CCAUGGUUGUCGAAGAAAACUAGGAUACCAUUCCCCAUAGAGCUGGUGGCUGUCGUGAUAGGGACUACUGUCAGUUAUUUUGGCAACUUGAACGCGAAAUAUAAUAUCAGCGUUGUAGGACACAUCCCAACAGGAUUACCAGAACCGGCCCUGCCUGCUUUUGAACUGAUACCCCACAUCUUCCUGGACUCUUUCGUCAUCACCAUGGUCUCCUACACCAUCACCAUGUCCAUGGCCCUGAUCUUCGCCAGGAAGCUGAUGUACGAAGUAGACUCGAAUCAGGAACUUCUGGCGUUGGGUGUCAGCAACACUGUAGGAUCUUUCUUCUCUUGUAUACCGAUCACGGCCUCGCUGUCGAGGUCCAUGAUCCAGCAGGCGGUGGGAGGGGUCACCCAGAUAGCCUCGGUGGUGUCCUGCUGCAUCCUCCUGGUGAUUCUGCUGUGGAUAGGGCCGGUUUUCGAGACGUUGCCCAGGUGCGUUCUGGCUAGCAUCAUCGUCGUAGCUCUCAAGGGCAUGCUCGUCCAGUGCACCGCCGUGUUGAAGUACUGGCGGCUGAGCAAGUGGGACGCCGUGGUGUGGUUCAUAACUUUCGCCACCACCCUCUUCGUCCAGAUCAGUUACGGGCUGGCGGCGGGUGUAGCUGUGUCUUUGCUCAGCGUCUUCAUCCAGGGGUACAAGCCUUAUACUUGCUUGUUGGGCAUCGUGCCCAAUACGGACCUCUACUUGGAUAUCAAGCGGUACAAAGGGACCU